CGUUGUUUUUACGCCAUAGAGCCAAACUUUAUCCAUUCGCAUGGCGUUUAUUUUCCAACAGUUUUCUACCGAGUUUAACGGCCACUCUCAAACACACACACUGUUCGCCAGAAAAAGAAGUGAAGAGAAAAAAAUUCAAGUGCACAUAAUUUGGCCAUCACACAGUGCACAGAUUUUGUGAGGGGAAUUUUUCGGCAUUUUUGCAGCUUAACUUGCUAAACUAUUUGAAAAUUUUGGUGCAACGCUUUCGACUACCUCCCCCCAAAAAAAAAAAAGCUUAUGAGAAAAAAACAAAAGGAAGCGCCGCCUGGCAACCAUUCCCCCAUACAACGCCAACGAAAAAAUAAAGGGUUGUGAAUAAAUUUCGGCUUUGUUGGUUCAAUAAGUUGGGAGGAGGUUGGCAACAUGGCCGUUGUCUGGGACAUGAGCCAAUGGACGCAGGCGUGGCGGAUUGCCAGUCUGCUGCCGACGGUCCGCUCGAGCGGUCCGAACAUCCCGAGCGGUACAACCAUGUACGGACGCCAAGCGGGCGGUGCCAGUCAGUCGGUGGCCAAUGGCGCCUCAAAUGGUGGGGCAAACAGCGGCGGUGGCGGCGCCCAGGGACAUGAUAAGCUGAAAAUUGGCUUUUGCACGGACCUGGAUAAAUCGGUUUUGGUCAACAACUUCGAGAAGCGCGGCUGGCAUCAGGUGAACGGCGACGAUGACUGGCACUUCUAUUGGGCAGGUGUGCAGACCUGUCGCAACAUCUUCAGCGUGGACAGUGGCUACCGGAUGCAUGACAACCAGAUGAUCAAUCACUUUCCCAAUCACUACGAACUGUCGCGCAAGGAUUUGCUGGUGAAGAACAUCAAACGCUAUCGCAAGGACCUCGAAAGGGAUGGCAAUCCUCUGGCGGAGAAAACAGAAUCCAACAACUCCAGUGGCACUAGAUAUUUGUAUCUGGACUUUGUGCCCACCACUUUUGUUUUGCCCGCGGACUACAACAUGUUCGUGGAGGAGUAUCGCAAGUUUCCGUUGAGCACUUGGAUCAUGAAGCCCUGCGGAAAGUCGCAAGGAGCUGGAAUAUUUCUAAUCAACAAGCUGUCAAAACUCAAGAAGUGGUCGAGGGAGGCAAAGGGUCCCUUUCACCCCCAAAUUGCCAAGGAGUCGUACGUGAUUUCCAGAUACAUUGACAAUCCCCUGCUGAUUGGUGGCAAAAAAUUCGAUCUGCGACUGUAUGUUUUAGUGGCUUCAUUUAGGCCCUUGAAAGCUUACUUAUUUAAGCAGGGCUUCUGCCGCUUUUGCACCGUAAAAUACGAUACUAGUGUUACGGAACUGGACAAUAUGUACGUACAUCUGACCAACGUGAGUGUGCAGAAGCAUGGCGGUGAAUAUAAUACCCUGCAUGGUGGCAAGUGGUCUGUGCAAAAUCUGGCUUUAUAUCUGGAAGGAACCCGAGGAAAGGAGGUUACGGAUCGCUUAUUUGGAGCCAUAUCCUGGCUUAUUGUGCACUCCCUAAGAGCUGUGGCUCCUGUGAUGGCCAGCGAUAGACAUUGCUUCGAGUGCUAUGGCUACGAUAUCAUAAUAGAUAAUGCCCUGAAACCUUGGCUCGUGGAGGUCAAUGCCUCGCCUUCGCUGACUUCCACCACUGUGAACGAUAGGAUACUGAAGUACAAGCUGAUUGACAACAUUUUGUCGGUGGUCCUGCCCCCUGAUGGAGUUCCCGAUGUCCGUUGGAAUAAGGUGCCCAGUGCGGAUGCCUUGGGCAACUUUGAACUACUCAUCGAUGAGGAGUUGGCCGCUCAGGAUGAGCAGCAAAACAGCAGCAGUAAUGCCCACAGUAAAACCUCUAAGAUGGGCAGUCGCUGGAAGUGACGAAAGUAGAUCAGGGGUUGGGAUUCGCUGGUUCUUCAAAAAUAAUACUUUGUUUUAAAAAGUACUUAAAAUAUCUGUGUGAAUUUAUGAGUACACACGAACCAAAAAUUAACAUAACCCAAAUAACAGUGUAAAUAUAGAACACUAAAUGAAACUUGAAUAUUAUUAAAUUGUUUCUUAUAGAAAUAAAUAAAAACAAAUGGUUUGUGUUA